CACUUCCAAAUCAGCGGAUAUCACAACAAUAAUAUUGAAACAUGCCGAAAUUGAGUUGAUAAUAACGAUUGAAGUUAGAGGAACCAUCGCCACCCCCGCUUCGUGGCUGGCUGAUUCAAAGCCUUUUUUUGCUCGGCUUCUGUCACUCUCCCAAGUAAGAUGAACUCGCGGGAAUUUCGUCGUCCCCAACCUGGCGGGAGUGAAGCCGAUUUGUGGCGAGAUGCUCAAGCUUGGGAACGCGGCCACAUCAGUCAACCGUCAGUCCCGGCGGAAAACAUCGUUCACGUCAAGCGGCCUCACUCACCCGACCGCCUGUCCGAGAAUCGCCAUCCAUCCACCCAGACCCACCGCCCGGUCUCGCCCCCGGUCAGCGCCGCGGUGCUCAAAGACACGGUCAGUGAGCGAGACCCUCACGCCCGGCCCACUUUUGACCCACCUCAGCGCUCCGCCCUAGCUUUUCCCGCCGUAUUCAAGGCCCAGUUUGAGCCCUCGGCUGAGCCUGCACCUGCAGCCAACCCUAGCGUGCCUACUGCCAAGAAACGGAGUCUUUUCGCCCGACAAGUGGCGCGAAAAGACCAGCCCAUUACGGCACGUCAUCCGAAUCCCGGCGCAUCCGAGGCUCUGGGGGUCAGCAGUUUCAUCCUUCAAGGCUCAGGAUUGACUGAACGACCAGGCGAGGCUCAAGUCAUUCACAACGAGAACGUGGCUCGACUGGGCCGCAUGACGUCCGAGGAAAUCCAACGGGAACGGAACGACCUCUGCCAGCAAAUGUCCAGCCAGACGUUGGCCUUCGUGACCACUUUACGUCAAAAGAAAAUGGCAGCCUCCGCAGGGAAAUCUUCAUCCCCAGCAACCCCUUCUCCGCUGGCUCUGUCUGAACCUGAAACUAUGGAUGUAUCCAUACCGAGCACGUCGACUCCACCUCCUCUUUCAAAGGCGGCCAACGAGAUGAGCACCAACUUUGGUAACUUGGGUCGUGUGGAAAAAGAGAAAUUGGCUUGGAUGGCGGAUAUUCCGGAGGGUUCAGCGGGUUCUAAUCCCACGCCAACGGACGGUUACUCGGCCCGAUUUGAUUUUCAAGGUCGUCUCGUGCCUCUCAGUGAAGAUAUUCCUGUUCAAGCCGGGUUGCAUCACCAUGGGGAAGAAGAAAAGAGGGCGGGCUAUACCGUGGAGGAACUGCUGAUACUCGCCCGCAGUAGGAACCCUCAACAAAAGGUUCUGGCCCUAGAUACGUUGGCUCAGAUCGUGAAAAGAUUCAAACAAGGAACGCUGGAUGGAAUCCUAGACCAGAAUCUUGUAGAUCAAGUCAUCCGGAGUGAUAUCUUCUUCAUCAUGCGGACCAGCCUCGACGAUCCUGCCCCGUCCAUCCGUGAGGCCACCUUGCUGCUCUUUCGUCAUCUCCUAGAUAAUCCCGAGGACGAACUCAUGCUGGAUUUCCAUUAUACAUCUACUUAUGGUCAUUGCCAGCCAAGUCUAGCAUCAAAGGCUUGGUCGGAUCCCAGUCAAAGAGCGGAAAUGCAAGAGACCAUGGCCGAGCUGAAAGAUGAUGAGCUUUUGAAGUUAGAUGUCAUCUUGGGCUUGCUCAGAAUGGACCUGCUUCAGCGGUUUGCGUACAUUCUUAAUCAACUGGAGCCCACGGCAUCGGCGAAGAAAAAUAUUCUGGCCACGGUUAUCCGGAUAGCUCGACAUUCCCUAUCCGCAGCCUCUCAAAUUGUUCACCACGAAAUGCUCAUGAAAUCGAUCAUGUCUGUAAUGUUCACGGACACGGAUACGGUCUGCCGACAAUUAGCAGCCAAAGUUGUGCGAAUUCUAAUUGCCCGAAAUCGCUCAUUAUUAGUAAAUAUCACCAAGACCCAUGAUAUCAAGCCAUUCUUAUUGAAGUAUUUGGCUCUCGAAUCCGAAAAUGGAAAACUCACAGGCGAAACUUUUCGGCUUUGGGACACCUGUUUACAGUACGGCGAGUGCGCUGAUAUCUUCUCAGAUUUGUUUCCGAUCCUGAUGAAGUAUCUCUUAUCAAUACGCGGAGCAACCGAUCCCAUGAGUAUGAAUCAACAAGAGACCUCCCCUUGGACUUUGGAGAGACCCCUAUUAACGGCUUUAUUGUUUAAAGUGCUAAAUUCAUGCAUUUUAACCGAUGCCAUUCCGUGGAACCAACUCCAAGAAGUCGUGAACGUGCUCCAAAUCGUGUACCAAAACCUAGUAAGCCUUCUCCGAAAUGGAUCUUUGUUAUGUUCUGAUGCCAUUCAAGAGGGAUCCGUUUUCGGCUCAUGCUCUCAAGCUCUAGCUUCUGGAAUCUUGCGAUAUGCCAAUGAACGAGGCCCCUUGGAUCUAAUCCCAGUCCUCAAUGAAAUGGCCACCAAAAUCAUUGUACCGUUCUUAAAAUCGGGGCAAUCCUCUCGCUUAGUAGGCAAACUCAAGCAAUUCAGUGCCUUCCUGUCCUUGGACAAGGACGGACGUGAGCGUGAUACCGAAAAUCUGGUCUCUCUUUCCGCCAUUAGUUGGCAAGGUGAGCUGGUCCGAACGCUCAACAAACAGAGUCCCUUUCCAGUUCUAAAUGGAUUGACAAGAGUUCUGUUUUGCAUCGUGAAGAUUACACAAAAUGGAGCCAUGAAGUUAUCCAUCGCUCAAUGGGUGCAGGCCAAGGCGUUGGCCGAGUAUUUGGUUCAAGUGUGCCAAUGCUCGCAUGGCUCCAUCCAUUCGAAUUGGUUCCUUGACGAAGAGAUUUCGUUCCUCUUCUAUUGCGUCCUUCUCCGAACUGAGACGUUACCCAACGAAGUGGGUUCCACGUGGCAAUUGGCCCACGUGCUCAUGAGUAAAUGUCAAGUGAAGCAUUCGGAAUUGCUCAAGAACCUAGCUGAACGAGUCGUGUUCAAGGUGGACCAAACACUCGUGGAACAUGGAUUGCUUGGAAUGAGGAUGAAUGAAUCCGUUGGCAAAUCCAAUUCCUUGGAAGCGUUGCAAAACCUCCAAGAUGUUCGGGCGUUGUAUAUGAGGCAUUUGCCUCGAAGUCACGGACGCUUUCCAAUUCUGUUCCAACAAUCUACCGUCAUCCAAACCUUGAGCGUAUCAAAUAAUGGAGAGAUUCUGCUCCCAUCAGAUUGGAUUUACGUGCCACUGAUCCAAUUAAGCAGACCGGAAUUGCAACGGGAACAAAUCCCCAAGGAGUCUGGAUCCAGACAAGUUGAACUAUCUUUGCAAUGGAUCUACAUUUGCUUACUCAUGAGACCAUUAACAUCGAUCCCUGAGGUCACUCUCCAUUUCUCAAGACUUGCUACCUUGCUUCUCUCCAAUGAGACAUUCUUUCUUGACUCCGUCAUCGGGCAAUGGCUUUCUUUGGAUCUGACUCAAGUCCUAAGGGACACCCAAGGCCUUCUCGACUUUAGCCAGGCUAUUCCUGGUAUUGAAAGCGCCAAAGAGUUCUAUCAGGAGCUCUGCGGUCAAUAUGCGGCAGUGUCCUACGGAGACAAGCUCUUCAGUUUGUUCCUGAUCUUACCCACAAGUGGAAAGAACACUCACCUCCGACUGACACUUUGGAAAGAUUAUACGGAAAAUUUGAGGUUGAUGCAGUUGGAUCCUCAAGACUUGCCACAGGGAUUUUCAGUGAACUCUUUUUGUUGUGGGAAAGAUUUGGACGCGAGUUCUCUUCGUUCAUACGCCAGUGCGAUUCUCUUGGGAGUUAUCAAUCCCAAAAGAAACCCUCUCCUCUUUCAAAUCGCUCAGAAUAACAUCAUGCUGGCUCAAGACUCGGAAGAUCAGGCAGUUCGAGCAGCCUUUCACCAAGUUGAAGCGAAACUGUAUGAUAUGGAUGUUUUUAAGAAAUAACGAACGGUUCGAUCAAUGGUUUUUUUUUUCAAUCCAAGUUGAUCUAGAGCAAACCAUGAGAGCUAAACUCAUAGAAGUUCUGUCUUUUGCAG